AUGGCAGAUUCGUACUCAGCAUUUUUCUACGGAACGUUGAUGCACCCCAAGGUGUUGAUAGGUGUCAUACGCAACAAAGGAGAACAUCUUGAAGUAUGCCCUGCAGUUCUUCUGGAUCACACACGCCAUGAAGUAAAGGGUUGCGAAUAUCCAGGAGUUAUCCCGAUAAGCAAGGGCAUGAAGAUUUUGAACCGUUCCCUCACACGGGAGGAGGGAUCAGUACGAGGAACCUUGGUCAAAGGUUUAACGGCCCAAGAUAUAAAAUAUCUGGAUGAGUUUGAAUCUGACGAAUACGUGAGGAGAAAGGUGAAAGUCCACCCGUUGGGAUCGUUUACGAGAAUCUUUGAGAAGAUCGUCGAUGAAGAUUUCGUCCCGGAGCACCCACCGCCGCUACCAGAAAUAUCAAAACUCCAUGAGUCGAGCUUCGAAGCCGACACGUACAUAUACUGCGACGAGACCAAUCUCAACGAGGAGCUUUGGUCGUUCGAGGACUUUGUAAGAAAUAACGCAUGGAAAUGGUAUGGAGGAACGAGGUGA